AUGGAACUCCUCCUGGCCAUUUUUCUCUCUGCUUUGACUGUUUUUGUGGCAAUAGCAUUCUAUUAUGGACAUGACAAGGCAGAAGUUCCUCAUGAAUUCAGUGAGCGAAGAAAGCUUUAUGUUCUUCAUUACUUGCUGAACUUUGCAUUUGGUAUGGCAACGUUUUUGGACAAAGUAGGUAUCGUCUCAGAGGUUCAUUUCCUCAGGGCUACAAUGGAGAAUAUACCACCACUGAAAGAUAAACAUCUUCUUAUCAAGGACUUAAGAUUUGAAAGGGUUAAAGUAAGAAUUUACCAGUCCAAAACAUCAAACACUAGCCAAAGAAGAGGAGUCCUUUAUUUCCAUGGAGGAGUUGGAUGGUUGGGAAGCAUCCGGGCCUACGAAAGGACGUGCCGCUACUUGGCCAGGAAGAGCAAUUCCGUGGUGGUGUCUGUUGGGUAUCGUUUGGCUCCCGAGCACCCCUUCCCAGCCCAGUUUGAGGACUGUGUCACUGCCACCAUCCACUUCCUGAGGACUGCCCAGGACCACGGCGUCGACCCUUCCCGUGUUGUCGUCUGUGGGGACAGCAGUGGGGGGACACUCGCUGCUGCUGUCGCCCAAGCCCUGGUGAACAGAAGGGAUGUCCCAAAGCUGAGAGCACAAAUCCUGAUCUAUCCUUUUCUCCAGUGUGUGGACUUUAAUUUGCCUUCUUAUCAGCAGAACGAGAGAAUCCCCAUUUUGUUAAAGGAACGAACUUUGGUUCUGGGCCUGAAGUACAUGAAUAAAGACUUGUCUGUCCUCCCAGAGCUAUUUAAAGGUCGCCACGUUCCAGAAGACCUGAGGCCGAAGUAUCAGAAAUGGGUGAGUCCUGACUACAUCCCUCAGGAGUUUAAAACAAGAGGUUACAAACCAAGUCCAACAUAUCCAGCCUCAGAAGAAAUCUAUGCACAUACCAAGGCUAUUUUUGACCCUGUUUUUUCACCACUGUUGGCUGAAGACAGUGUUGUUGCUCAGGUCCCUGAGACUUUCCUUCUGACCUGUGAAUUUGAUGUGCUCAGAGAUGAUGGACUGCUGUACAAGAAACGAUUAGAGGAUCAUGGGAUAAAAGUGACCUGGUGCCACCUGCAAGAGGGGUUCCAUGGAACAGUGUUCUCAGCAACUUUGGGUGGGGGAGCAGCAUUCAAAUCUGGAAUUAAAGGCCUGGAUAAGGUAGUAAAUUUUUUAAGAUUGAUGUAA